AUGUUUAAGCUUGUAUUUUAAAUAAUUGAGUUUUCGUUGUCUUUUGGAUUGUGUCUAUUUAUAAAAAUAGGAAGAGAAGAAACUAAAAUGAGUGGAAGAGUUCUUAAGUUUGCCUAUAGAGUAGAAAAGAACCUUUUAUAUAAUUAUGAAUUUGGAUAAUAUACAAAAGUAGGUAAUGAGUUUACAAUAGGUUUUCAGAUUUUGCCUGAUUCCAUUUUUAUUAUCAACUUUAUAUCGAAAGAUGACAAAACUUGAAUCAUCAUUUAAUUUUUAUCAGAUAAUUUUAUUAGUGAUUGAUCUAUUAUCAUUAACUGAUUAUAUAAACACAACAGAAUCAUAUUAAAGAUAUUGUCUAAUUUAUGCAAUUAGAAUAAUUAGGACAACAAUUAUGUUAAUUGAUUUAGUUAAAGAUAUUACAAAAUUAAUUAUAGGACAUUAAGAAUAAAGACUAUAAGCAAAACAAAUUUAAAUAUCAUAACAACUUCUUUAAUAAAAUCAAUUAGAAUAAGCAAAAUAACAGGAAAGUUUGGAUGAAGAAUCAGACAUAGAUGAAUCAUAGAAAUUAAUCAAUACAAAAAAAUAAUAAUAAUAAUAAACUUUAAUAAAACGACUAAUAUUUCCAUAAAUGAAAAUUCCUUGCAUUGCAUUAAAUUUAAUUAUUAAUCAACAAUAAUAUUAUAUAUAGAUAAUUGAUCCUUGGAGUUUUGAUAUAUCAUUCUCAAAAAUCUAAAUCAGGGAACAAUUAUUGAUAAUGAUAAAACUCAACUUUUGUUGUUAAAUUUAUUAGAAUCUAAAGAAAUCUAAAUGUAAUUAAUAAGCACUGUAUUAAUAUAGAGAAUUAAUAGCUUAAUAUCUAUCUUAAAUUAUUUGGAUGAAUUGA